UUUGCGUGGGUUGUCAAAAAAUGACGAACGUUUAGCAAUAUUGUUUAUCGCCUAUACUUAUCAAAUCUGAAUUAAUUAGUCUCAAAACCCUUUUAAUAUUCGAACUAAAAAUGUUUUGUUGCCUAAAGGGGUGUCUUAACGGUUUUAAUCUGACCCCAAGUGUCCCUAUUCGUAUCAAGGAGAAUCCCGUUCAGCUGGAUACUUUACACAUGGGCCAUGAGGUGGUAGUAGUGAAAGGAGGACAGCGUGUGUGUGGGUCGGGCUGCGCACUGGGUAAUGCACCGCUGGUCCAGAACAAGGCAUACUUUGAGGUUAAGCUGCAGCAGGGUGGAGUGUGGGCAGUGGGGUUGGCCACAAGGGACACUGACCUCAACAAAGUACAUGGCGGAGUGGACAAAGAGUCGUGGUGCCUGAACAGCGACGGCACGGUGCGGCACGGCAACGAGGAGCUGUACCACUUGUCGCCGGCGCCGCGCGACUCGCCCACGGCCGACCUGCUCGUCUCCACGGAGCCCGCGCCCGCGCCCGUGCCCCCCGCGCCCCGCGACGACGCCAACCCCUUCGCCGUCAUGCCAGUCGAGGGCGACACCAUCGGACUCGCCUAUGAUCAUGUUGAGCUCAAUUUCUUCGUUAACGGGAAAAAUAUGGAGAUACCUGUUAGGAAUAUAAGAGGGACGAUUUAUCCCGCCCUAUAUGUUGACGAUGGUGCGAUAUUGGACAUUAUACUGGACAACUUCCUAUACCCUCCUCCGACGGGCUACGAAAAAAUCAUGGUGGAGCAAUCCCUACUCUAACAGAAGAGACGAGAGAAGUGUGCUUGGACACUUGAGUGUGUGCGCGUGCGAGCCGAGGCCUGCGCCCGCGCACGGUGCGCUCACGGGGCGUGAGUGAAUAGCGGUGAGACGGCUUCUCUACUUAACCUACAGUUCAACAGGAAAGGUACGCGCGAUGUAAACUUACCGUCUUGUACUCCUAUUUGUAUACAUGUAAGCUGACCAAGCUUAGAGCCUAACUAGUUUUAGUAACUAAACAUUAUUUUGAUACAUUAAUCAUUGUAAACAGAAAACUAUACAAAAUUGCAGUUCAUUUGCCCUGAGAAUUCAGAAAUUUAAAAUUGAACCGUUUGAUAUGUUUCUACAUCCAAUGAUGAAGAUAUUUGUUUUAAAUCACACAUUCUUACACAGUUUGAACAUUCAGAACAAUGAACAUUCCUAAGUGACAUUGCUCAUUCAUAGCCUAGGGUAGAGUUACACUUACUUAAUUAUGGUAUUUAAGACAAUUGUUUCAAUGUAUCUCUGCUGAUGGAGUUCGUGCUACAAACAAUUUAUGUUGAUGCUGCACUCUGAUCUGAAAUAAAAUUUGGUUGGUGUCACACACUGUACUACCUACCUAUGCAUACUAACCUUGUUUAUUACAAAUGAAGCAUCAUAUCAGCUGUUUUCAUUCCUAUUCCUACCAAUUUGUUGGGAAAUCUUCGAUCUUCUACUGUCUUCUGUCAAUGCUGAGGGUAUUUAAGACAGUAGAAGGUGCGUCACCGCGAUGCGAUACAGAUGAAGAUAAUGUACUAUCGGCAACACUGUUAGCUGUACAUAUGUAAUUAUUACAAGGGCAUAAAGUCUACCGAUGGUUAGUUAUGAGUGUUGCUGGUAGUAAUAGGAAGUUUACUUCCUUUGUAUUUAUUUAGAUUUUCUAAAUUCUCUAACGAAACCAGGUCGAAAUCUUCAUUAUAUAAUACAUAUAUAUUUUAAGAAUACUAAACUAUAAUUUCGCACAGAACACAAUACUUACAUCAACUCUUGAAUGCAUACCAUAAACAGAAAAGCUAUCAGAAAAUAUUGUAACAUUACUUGUGUGAUUAGGAUGAGAAAGCGCUAGACGAAUGGAACAGUCAAUCUAUUCGUAUCAUUUCAUAUCAAUACAUUUAGAUGUAAGACUUAGACGAUAACGUACAACGUGGAAGGGAUUGUCAACCGCUCCUCGUGAUAUUUAGUUACGAAAACUGCCCUGAAUCAAUGAACAUUCUUAAUUUGUUAAUUGUAUUUUCAAGAACAGAUAAAAAAGUUUUUUCUUCUUUUUCUAAUACAAGUUGUUUCUAUUGAUACUUACAUUCUGAAUAGGUGUAUAUUAAGGAUGUAAGCUCGGUUUCUAUAUCUCAGAUACCAAAAUACUAUCCAAUCUUGUAUUUAGUAUAAAGAUGUCAAAAAAUACAGUUUUUAUCUUCUAGGAGCAAUAUUUCCCUGAAUUAAAUGAGAUACAUAAACGUUAUAACUUGUAACGGGCUGCGGGCCGCCGUCGUAUAACUUGGAGGCUUACGACCGAAUUAAUGUCUUCCACUCUGUAUAUAUGAUGAUGUUUGAUCUCUGUUAAAUUUAUUUUGUUUCUCGUGUAACUUAUACCGGGCUGGUAAUACCGCAAUGUAAUCUGUCAAAUCCUGAGAGAUUAAUACGACUACCCUAGGUAUGUAAGUGUGCGUAGUUUUCAGGGUAUCGUUUUGAUUUUCGAAACGAAGGUACAGUCAGCAUCAAUAGUAGCGGAUGAAACAACGUACCGAAAGUAUCUGACAUCCUGAAUAACUUUUUAAAUAUAAGAUAAAUCUGUACAGUUUGCAGUCAGAUAUAUCUAUGUUUUUAUUUAUUAUAUGUUAUUAUUUUAAUGGUAGUUGCUUAUAAUAUUAUGAUGCAUGCUACUUUUGAUGCUGAAUUACAGUGAGGAAAUAAAUCCAAGCCAAAUGCACAAACGCUCGCGAUAAUAUAUGUUUCGUAGCUAUCUAUCUCUAUUUCUAUCACUCUUGCGUAGUGGCGCGACAUUUCUGCCGGCGUCUGGCGUCAAUGAUUGCCAUUCGGCUACGCCGGCGGCUGAUUACGAUGGUUUAAUUGCCACUUAUAAGAGUAUGUCUUUGUCUUCACAUUAUAUAAAAUGCAAGUAAUCAAACCUAUACAAUACCGAUACUAUCGAUUUAUUAACUCAAAUUAUUGGUUCGAGAGACUAGAAUGAUCAGAAUCGAGUCAGGGAAGUGUUUCUAAGACCUUCAGUACAUGCAUGGUGUAAGCCAGCCAUAUGGCCAACCCAGACAUAUCUUAAAUUUAGAUCGGAAUAUUUUCUAUGGACUCUGAUUAUUGAUAUGUCAUAAAAUAAUGUUAUGUAUGUAAUAUGUGCUGGGCUCAUUUGCACGAUACGAGAACUAGUAUGGGGACUUCAUUACAAUGCAGCAUUGAAUGCUGAAUUGCCGAAUUGGAUGUAAACUCAAUUAACAAUUUAAAAUCGCAGGCGAGUUCGAGCGCCAUGUAAAUGGGCCCUAAUAAUGUGACCUGUAGUCACAAACAAUAAACAGAGCUCAUAGGCGACAAGUGGAGUUCACACAGUCAUGUGCACGAAGGGCUACUCAAUAGGCUCCAUACUUUAUUAAAUUGUGUGUAGAUGCGUUAAUUCAUAAUUUUCAUUAAAUCCACUCAUCUGUCUCUAAAUUGUAAGGCAUUAUCAGUUGGACAGGGUGAGCUGUCCCUUAUGGUUUGUCUUACAAGGGUAAUACCUAACACUCCGUUUCAUGUAUACGUAUGGUUAAUUGGUUAACUUUACAACUGAUCUACAUACUACUUACUUCAAACUCUAUUAUACAAAAUCUAUUUUUGUAUGAAUGUAGUAUUUUCAUGAAAAUGUAAUGUAUAAUCAUAAUCGCGUAUAAAUAGUAACAUUAUAAUAUCUACCGGUCACGUUACGACAUAAUACUUAUUAUGGAAGUAUGUGAAUAUUGUGAAUGUUUGAAUAUGAAUUUACUAUGUAUACAUAAUUUAUAGUAGAUAAGCGUAGGUAUUGCUAGCGGUACGAGGGUUACAACGACGACUGGCUAUGGUAACUGGAGGGAUAUUUGACAUUACAAUUCGUGUGCUUUAAACAUAGCUUAAAAAUUGUAUGUGAUGUUGAAGAAAUAAGUAGAAAUUAUGAAAUGUAUUUAAUGAGAUUGAUAUGUAUGUAAUUGAAAAUGACUGUCGCAUAGUCAAUCACGUAUGAAGGCUUUGUUAUCCUACCAGCAUAAACAGGAUUUGCUGCAAAUUUGGUUAGUUCAUGUGAUACUUGUGUAGUUUAUUUCCAGGAUUUCAUAGGUUCAUAUUAACUGCAUGCAUAUUUUCGUACCUCUAUUCCUACAAACUUUGUUUAAAAGACAAAGAAGCAAGAUAUUAAGCACUCUA